AUGCGCCCGUUGACCCGGCUUCGCCCACACCUCGGCACUCGGCCUGUGGUUAAUAGAGCGCUGCUAUGGCAGCCAGCACGAUGGCAAUGGCUGUCAACGACCGCUGCUCGCCCUUGUUCGUGUUCUGAGGCCGCCAACGCCAACCCCGAAACUUCCACAAUACCACCCACCGACCACCGAGCUCUAGGAACGACACAAGAGCUCUUCACCUCGUCUGUCUACAGCCCUGGAUCUCCCCUGUUUCUUCCGAAAGGUACACACGUCAUCAACAAGCUCCUCUCCUUCCUCCGCACCCAGUAUCUGCAAUACGGCUUUCGCGAGGUUCUGACGCCAUCGAUUUACAAACGAUCACUCUGGGAAGUGUCAGGUCAUUGGCAAAACUACAAGGAUGAUAUGUACGAGGUGACUGGUCGCGGAGCGACUGGAGAGACAAGCGGCGAGGUGGGCGAGGACGAAUCGUACGGACUGAAACCGAUGAACUGCCCCGGCCAUUGCCUCCUGUUCAAAUCGCAGAACCACUCCUACCGCGAUCUGCCUGUUCGCUAUGCGGAUUUCAGUCCCUUGCACCGAAACGAAGUGUCUGGCUCCUUGACGGGCCUUACGCGCGUGCGCCGUUUCCACCAGGACGACGGACACAUCUUCUGCCGCCCGCAGCAGAUCAAAUCGGAAAUCGCAUCGGCACUGGGGUUCGUCGACAUGGCGAUGACCACUUUCGGCCUGGGCCCGUACCGACUCGUGCUAUCGACCCGGCCCGAGACCGACUUAAUUGGGACCCCGGAGAUGUGGGACAGUGCAGAGAAGCAACUGCAGGAGGCGUUGGAUAGCACGGGUCGUGACUGGACACUGAAUGAGGGCGACGGCGCCUUUUACGGCCCCAAGAUUGAUAUCCAGUUGCAAGACCAAGCAGGCAAGUUUCACCAGCUGUCUACCAUUCAGCUUGAUAUGAAUCUGCCUCAGCGUUUCGGCUUGGAAUAUCAGGUUUCCGAGGGCGAGGAGGACUAUAACCCUGCCACGCCUGGCGUUGCUACACCCGUGCUGAUCCACCGCGCCAUCUUUGGCUCAAUCGAGCGGUUCCUGGCGCUGCUCAUUGAGCAUCACGGCGGCCAUUGGCCGUUCUGGCUCUCGCCGCGCCAGGCCAUCAUUUUGACGGUCAACCAGGACGACGCAGUGGUGCGCCAGGCCCAGGAGGCAGCAGCCGCGUUUUCAGGAUUCCGCGCACUCCUCCAUGAUGGCACCGCAGGGCCACCGCGCCCGCUCUCGGCGGUGGAUCCGACCUUUAUGGUGGAUGUCGACACUAGCCCGCAAACACUGGGCAAGAAGAUCCAGCGCGCGAAGCAGAUGAAAUACAAUCUCAUCUUCAUCUUGGGUUCACGCGACUUGGCGGAUGGUGGAAUCACUGUGGAUGUCACCGGACAGAUGCAGAGCAAGACCGAUCACGAUGGGCAACAGCUCCAGGCACUGAUCAAAGCCGAACUUGGUGAAAGUGCGCUGCAGAAUCCUCGGGCCGUGAAGCUUAAAGUGGACGAGGUUUACCCGUUGCUGGUGGAGUUCGAGAAAAAGUUCUUAUAA